UCCUUCCAAGUCAAGCGCUUAAAAAGUGUCUGAAGACAGAUUGGAACUCCCGAAAAGGCAUCUCCCUAACUCCAGGUCCCGGAUGCUAUCUACUGCGCCCCCUAGCUGCCUAAUAGGAAGAUGAUGACAGUGCUCUCAAAGUAGUACUAAGCGGCAUGAGUUACGGAAGCCCAUAAGGGCGAGGAAGGCCUCAGCCUGAAGGAGGCUACCAGAAGGGGGCGCCCUUGGCUUGGAUGGCGCCCUAAGAAGGCAGCAGAAGCAGCAGCAUGGCGGGGAAACGGCCCGCGGCCAAGGUCACCUACUAUCGGUUGGAGGAAGUGGCGAAACACAACUCGAAAAAGGAUGCUUGGCUGGUGAUCCACGGGCGAGUGUACAAUAUCACCGGCUUCCUGGGAGAGCACCCGGGCGGAGAAAAGGUUCUGAUGGAACAAGUGGGUCGGGACGCGACCCAGGGCUUCGAGGCUGCCGGACACUCGGCGGAUGCGCGGGAGAUGCUGGCGCAGUUCUGCCUUGGGGAAUUGCAGCCGGGUGAGCGCGGGGCCCCGCAGCCCUAGACGGCCACUCCCGCUGCCCCUGGGCUGCCCGUCCUGGGUCCUGAGCCAGCCUCGAAGGAGUCAGCGAGCAAACGCACGCACGAGGGGAAAACGGGCGAGUCGGACUUCCAGCUGCGGGUUCUGUUGGCCUCCUGCGAAGUCUCGAUGGCCCCGCCCACCGCCUGUCUGUGCUAAAUCGCGAUGGCCACGCCCACCGCCCUCUGUGCUAAAUCGCGAUGGCCACGCCCACCGCCCUCUGUGCUAACCGCUAUGGCCACGCCCACCGCCCUCUGUGCUAAAUCGCGAUGGCCACGCCCACCGCCCUCUGUGCUAACCGCUAUGGCCACGCCCACCGCCCAUCUGUGCUAAACGCGAUGGUCACGCCCACCACCCUCUGUGCUAAAUCGCGAUGGCCACGCCCACCGUCCAUCUGUGCUAAAUCGCGAUGGCCACGCCCACCACCCUCUGUGCUAAAUCGCGAUGGCCACGCCCACCGCCCGUCUGUGCUAAAUCGCGAUGGCCACGCCCACCGCCCGGCUGAUGCUGGGAGGGGCAUCUCAUCAUCCUAUUGCGGUGCGCCCUUGGCGGUUACCUUUUCCAGCCAAAUUUUCUUCCUAAUGUUUUUGUAAACAACACUCCAUUCCACAGUUUUUUUGUCAUUCAGUCCAGUGAAGCAGAGAAGAAAUUUGAAGGCGUAUAUUUAGAACAGUUAUGUGCUUUUUCAGGGGGAAAAAAUGCUGUCUGCUUACAGUUUAGUUUUUAAUUAAAAAAAAAAAAGUCUCCUUCUAGUACUUAGAGUAAACAUUUUCAAAAGAAUGGCGGGGGAAAAAAAACUGGUUUUGAGGAUGAGAAUGCUUAUUCUUUUCUCUCUAUAUAUUUAUUACUUUUAAGCGAAUCCCAGUUAAAAAAAUUAAUCCAACAUAAUUCUGUUAAGUUUGAUAUUUAUGAGUUAUUUGUCUUAAGUAGAAAUUUUACCCAAAAUGCAGUUUUCUAAAUUGUCAUCUUUUUCACUUCCCCAGGAAAGUAAAACUUGGCCUCUGUGGGCUCAGUUUCUUCUCUUUCAAAGUGGUAUUUGAAAUAAGAGUCUCUCCAUUGAUGGAUGAAUGGUCAUUUGAACUAAGGGAGUUUAUAGGAGCAGCCUAGUGAGGAGAUAGAAAGGAAUGACAGUUUGAAUAAAAAAGAUUCUGAGUUAUUACUCUGGGACAAUGGUGUGAGGAAAUAGUAACCACUCCUAUAUAGCUCAUUAUUUAUUUAUUUACUUCUGUUCUAUGAGGGGGUGGGGAGUGGGAAACAGCAACAGAUUUCUUCAGGGUAUUUAAUUGAAAUGAAUUUUGGAGAAACGUUGUUUGCUUAAAAAAUGUGAUUCCAAAUAUAUCCAUGACAUUUGGAAUGGGAAAUGAUUGGUAUGGUAAUAUGGAAUAGGGGAAAUAAGAGAAAAUGUUUAAAUUUUUGCUUGUCUUGUGUGUUUGUAACUAUUCCUCUUGGAAUGUACUAGAAUAAAAGAUAUCCGAUGGUU